AUGUUGCGCCGAAAGCCCACUGCCAUCACAGUUACAUCAGAAGAUAUAGCUGCCUUUGAACAGGCGAGACUUCGCCAUCAGGAGAACAGCAAACACCCCGAGCAAGGGCAAGGGAAUAAUAGCUCCAACACCAAAUAUGACCCGAGUGACGAGUUGAAACCACUUCCGGGGGAUAAGGCCCGGAUUGUUCGAUCUCGUGAAGAGAGAAUCGGCAUUGGCCGUCGAGGUUGA